CCAAGCUCCGGCAGCUCCACCCACCUGCAGAUAAAAGCCAAGCCCUCGGCGGAGCUGCUGCUGUUCAGCGUCUGACGCAAACCCCUCAGAGCUGUGUGAUACUUCCAACCCUGCACAACAGCAGCACUAAGAAAAUGGAGGCUGUAUCCCUCCACUUCUCCUAUCUACUCAUCCCAGUGUUCCAGCUGUGUUUAUUGCGCCUGGCCCAUGGUGGUGCAUUUUAUGGACAUAAGCAGCCACCUCAACAGCACCAGCCCCUGCCACAGCACAAUGAUGGGUAUCCUCAGCAACAGUUUCUGGGCAACGAGAUGCCACUAAUGCCAUUGUUGCCUCAGUUUGAAAAAGGCCUUCCUCACCUGCCUUUCCAAAAAGGCAUAGAAAGGCCACUGACUGAGGGCAAAGGACAAACAUUUCCCAGAGGGGCUAAAGGACCACCUCCUUCUGUUCCUGGUGGAGAGGGACCACGAGGAAUUCAGGGUCCCCCUGGACCAAUAGGACCACAAGGGCCUGCUGGACCGCCAGGCCAGGGAUUGCCAGGGUUACCAGGAAAGCCAGGGCCUCCUGGUCCUCAGGGUUAUUCUGGAAUAGGAAAACCUGGCGUGCCAGGAUUACCAGGAAAACCAGGAGGACCAGGAUUGCCUGGACAAAAAGGUGACCUGGGCCCUCAUGGUGGUGAAGGACCAACUGGACUUCCUGGGCCGGCAGGGCUUCCAGGUCCACCUGGACUCCCUGCGAUAUCCAGAGUAGGAGGACAAGGGUUCCCAGGUCAGCAAGGGCCUCCAGGGGAGCCUGGUCAAAAGGGCCCACUUGGGCAACCUGGUCCCACAGGCUCUAAGGGGGAAAAGGGAUUAGGUCUACCUGGUUUGCCAGGUUUGAAAGGACCUGUUGGACCACCAGGUCCACGUGGACAAGUGGGCAACCCUGGCAUUGGUAAACCUGGUCUCAAUGGUCUACCUGGACAACCAGGAAUACCAGGCAAGCCAGGUCCUCCUGGAGAGCUAGGACAGGCAGGACCACCUGGGGAACCUGGCCAGCCAGGACCAGCAGGCUUGCAAGGCAUUGGAAAACCAGGACAAGAUGGUUUUAGAGGUCAACCGGGGCACCCAGGAGGUAAAGGAGAACCAGGUCCCCAUGGUUUACCAGGGAGUCCAGGGUUGCCAGGCUAUGGCAAACCAGGUUUUCCUGGACCUAAGGGUCACAAGGGACAUGCUGGUCUUCCUGGAUUUCCAGGUCCUAAAGGUGAUAAAGGUCAUGGAGGGCCUCAGGGGGUCAUUGGUCCUAGUGGGCUUAGUGGUAUGCCCGGCCCACCAGGUCCAAUUGGGCUUCCUGGUAGUCUUGGCUUCCCAGGGCAAAAGGGAGAUGAUGGUGUUAUGGGACUGAGAGGAAAUCCUGGAAUUAAAGGUGAAUUAGGGCCUUCAGGUCUUCCAGGACAACCUGGUAGAUCAGGGGAGGCAGGGCAACAAGGAGCAAGAGGUUUACAAGGCCCUAUUGGACCAAAAGGAGAAGCUGGUAUGAGAGGUUUACCUGGAGCCCAUGGUGCUGGAGGAUUAACAGGAUCAAAAGGAGAUGCAGGAAAAUCUGGAGAGACAGGCCAGCAGGGUCCUCAGGGAAUUCCAGGGCUUACAGGGCCAGGAGGACCACUUGGACCUCCUGGACUGCCAGGGCAAAAAGGUGAAUUAGGCAUGCCUGGUAAUCCUGGCUAUCCUGGUGAUGGAAAGCCAGGGCCCCAUGGUCAUAUUGGUCCUCAAGGUAACCCUGGCCCCAGUGGCCCUCCUGGACUUCCAGGGCAACCCGGACAACCUGGGCUACCUGGUCCUCCAGGACCACCUGCUGUUUCUCCUGACCUCGGACAGAUUCUCCCUGUGACUGGUCCAUACAGUGGCCAAAGACAAAGCUACAAGAAGCAGAAGAAUGGAGGUGAGAUUGGAGGAAAUGGUGUAGAGAUGCCUUCGUUCACAGCUAAACUCACAAAUCCAUUCCCUCUUGUUGGCUCUCCAGUAAUAUUUGACAAACUUCUGCACAAUGGUAAUCAAGACUACAAUCCCCAAACUGGCAUUUUCACCUGUAGCAUACCAGGAGUCUACUACUUUGCAUACCAUGUCCACUGCAAAGGCAGUAAUGUGUGGGUGGCACUCAUGAAGAACAAUGAGCCAGUAAUGUACACUUACGAUGAGUACACAAAGGGCUUGCUGGAUCAGGCUUCAGGGAGUGCUGUACUCCCGUUACGACAAGGAGACACUGUGCAUAUGCAGCUGCCAUCAGACCAGGCUGCAGGACUUUAUGCUGGUCAAUAUGUGCACUCAACAUUUUCUGGAUACCUGUUGUACACAAUGUAAGAAAUGUUGUUUCAAGAAACGUGACAUGACAUUUUAAUUGUAAAUUGUACCAUAUUGAUGGUAAAAGUAAUUUUGUCUAAAUGGUACAAUGUGGGUCAAGUGAACUAGUUUACAGUGGUAACAGAAUAAUCUUUUUCAUAGAGGCAACUAACCUCAUUGAAUUAUUCUUUACAUUGCAGUAUAUGCCUCACAUCUGCACAGUAUGUAUAUAAAUAUUGUGAUAAACCAUCUGGCAGUUGGUCAUGACAUAUAGGAAGCAGCAUAUCCAUAUCGGUUUCUGUUUGGGAGUCAAAACAUUACAUAUUUCAGUUGCCAUAAUAAUUCUAUGCUUACAUUGUGCAUUUAUUAUGAUUUCAUUUCACGUCAUAAUUCCUCAAACAGUAUCACUUUCUGUUGCAGAAUUGUAUUCAUUUUUUUAUAACUCCUUCUUGGCUUCACAGUAAUAAACUGUACAUUGGGCAUAUACAAUGGAUGGUUUUAUUGUACAGUGCAUUUAUUCAGAUAUCGCAGCACACAUUCAGGUUGUGUAUUUGGGAUCAUCAUGUAGUUUAAUUAUUCUCUGUCUUUUUAUGACAUUAAUAAUGCAGCUUUCUCAUACAACUAAAUGUUUUGACAGUACUUCAUGUACUUCAUAUCUCAAUCCAAAACAAGAAUACAGUUAUAUCCACAGUUUAGGAAGUUAUCCUGUCCUUUCUGUAUGACCAUUUGAUGCCAAAUAUUUGUUUUUGUACUAAAUAUUGUUUUGUUUUUUUUUUUUUAAAGGUUUUUUGUCAGUUUGUCAGUAUUCUCUGUAAUUUAUUUGUUUGACUACUGAUUCGUUGGGGUUGCUCUGUUUUUUUUUUGUUAAACUCUAAAUUAAGGGAUUCAUUCCAAAAUGCAGAGCACAAUAAAAAUGUUCUGUGUAAAAAUAAAAAUGAAUAACACAUAUCCAUUUAUAUAUGUAUGUGUGUGUGUAUUACAGUUGUUACAUUAAUCCGUAGAUGUGCCAUUUUUAAAUGAAAUUCAUUCUCCUCCCUUUUUUGUGUUCAUUUAUUUUUCCUCUGGACAACGGUGCACAGCAUUAGCAAAUUCAAUACUGUGCCUGAAUAUGUUAAUUUUGGCCUGUGUUUCUUUAACUGGUGACUUUUAAUAAAGAAAUUAAAACAUU